AUGGUAACUGUGAGAUCUCUUAUUGCACUUGCAGCUUCCAGGGGUUGGAAUAUCUCACAAAUGGAUAUAUAUAAUUCCUUUCUACAAGGUGAUCUAUAUGAGGAAGUAUACAUGGAACUGCCUCAGGGUUUCAGAAAGCAGGGGGAGACAAAGGUUUGCAGGCUGCUGAAAUCACUAUAUGGGCUAAAACAGGCUUCAAGGCAGUGGAAUAUCAAGCUUAGUGAGGCCCUCAUAGCUGCAGGAUACAUCCAGAGCCUUCAUGACUAUUCCUUGUUUACUAAGAGGAAAAAUGAAGACUUUGUGGCAGUACUAAUAUAUGUAGAUGAUUUGUUGAUAACUGGAAACAGCACACAAUUCAUCAAUGAGACCAAGGAGGUGCUUCAUCAACAAUUUAAAGUCAAGGACCUUGGUGAUCUUAAAUAUUUCCUGGGGAUAGAAGUGCUAAGGUCAAAGAGUGGAAUUCUUUUGAACCAAAGGAAGUAUUGUCUCCAAUUGAUUUUUGAUUUAGGCCUAGGAGGUGCCAAGCUUGUUCUCACUCCAAUCGAUCUCAAUCAAAAUUUCACUUCCGCAGAAUUCGACAGACACACUGGUGUUGGAAAUGAUGAGGUAUUAUCUGAUGCAAAUGAAUACCAACGACUGGUUGGUAGGGUGAUUUAUCUUACCAUCACUAGGCCAGACAUUGUAUUUAUAGUACAGACUCUUAGUCAAUUCAUGCAAGAGCCCAAAAGUUCUCAUUGGGAUGCAACUGUGAGAGUUGUGAUAUAUCUCAAACAUGAGCCAAGGAUGGGAAUUUUUCUGGGCAACUCGAAUGAAGACAACUUGACUUGCUUCUGUGAUGCUGAUUGGGCUAGUUGUCCAAACACACGCACGUCUGUUACAGGUUAUUUGAUCAAAUUUGGUGAUUCACUCAUUUCUUGGAAGUCGGAAAAAUGGCACACAGUGUCAAGGAGCUCUGCAGAGGCAGAAUACAGAAGUUUAGCAGCAGUAACAGCAGAGGUUGUGUGGUUAUUGGGACUGUUUGCUGAGCUAGGUGUGACUAUCAAACAGCCUGUGAAAGUCUAUUGUGAUACUGCUAAUACAAAGAUUGCGGAUUCUGAGUUAAAUGAUGAUAGUGACGAAGAAGUUCCUUAUGAUAUUGAUCCAGAGAUAGAAAUAGUCUCGCAAAAUGUUGAACAGAAAACUCCUUCAGUCACUUCAGAUGAAAUACAAGUACUUGGUACCAAGGAAAUGUAG